AUGUGUGUGGACCCCUUCCUGCAGGAGGCUUUAGAAAAGAACCAAACGUGUCUAAAGAAGCAAAGGGAAGCAGUGAAAUACAGACUGAAGAAACUGGCAGCGCGGCAGUCAGAAAUCACAAAAAAGUCCUCAGAGUUAAGGGAGAGGAUCAUACGGAAAUAUCAGGAGAUCCAGACCGUGUUGGAGGAGGAUCUGAGGAUCACCUUGUCCCACCUGAAGGUGGAGGAGCGGGCGGCCGUCACCGCCUUGGACGGACUCAUGGAGAAGAGCUGCGCUUUAAUCCAGGACAUAGAACAGGACUUGGCCAGGCUAACUUUAGCCCUGGACCAGAUCAGCACAGAGCCCGACACCAUGUCUUUCUUUUCAAACCCAGAGCAGGAAGAUGCAGAGAUGGUGGACAGAGUGAUGGAUCUCCUAAACCAAUCAGACCCGAGUAAUGUGAGCCUGGAUGAAGCUAAGGCUGACCAGAUCCUGAGCCUCUCCAACAACAUGCUGCUGCUCAUCUGCUCCCAGACGCCUUUAAUGAAGAAGCUCCUGAAAAGCUAUUCCAGCGAGGUGCACCUGGACUCGGAGACGGCCCACCCGAAGCUGAUCGUCUCCCCCCACGGUGACAGUGUGGGCUACACAGACACCUGGCAGCAACUCCCUGAUCUGCCCGGUCGCUUCGACACCACCCUCAAUGUCAUCAGUUUACAAGGCUUCAGCUUCGGCCGCCAUUACUGGGAGCUGGAUGUGACUGGGAAGACCUACUGGGAGCUUGGCGUCACCUACCCGUCCAUCCCCCGGAAAGGCCCGUCAGAGGACUGCUGGCUGGGAAGAGGACUUGAGUCGUGGUGCGUGGAGUUCUUUGAUGGGGAAUACACGGCCUGGCACGGAGGCGUGCCCCACCAGCUGCCUUUCACCAAGUGUUUCUGUCGGAUCGGGGUUCUGUGCAGCUUCCCCGCGGGGUUGGUGACGUUUCUCGAGGCGGACAAGAUGACGCCCCUGUUUUCCUUCUGUGCCGGAGUUUUCUCCGAGUGCCUCCACCUGGCCCUGUGUCCUGGCCACGACCACGACGGCAAAAAUGCAAAACCUAUCGUCAUAUGCAACGCUUCACCUCCGACCAGUGAAUGUUCUGAUCAGCAGCACUUUCCAGGAGACUCAGAAGUCACAAGCUGA